CUUUCGAUAUGAGAUUCGGAAGAUUGACUUCUCGAGCUAGCCGUUGAAAAUUUGCAAUAUCAAAAUUUAAAUAUCUACUAAAAUUUGAAUAUUACACGAUGUUGAUGCACUGAUACAAUUCUUUUACACGACUGUCACCAAGUUAAGAUAUCAUGGAUUCCGAUGAUGUAAUUGAUGGUAGUAUUCCUCCAGAAUAUGCAACCUGUUCAUAUCCACUUCUAAGGGCAGCAGCAGAUGGAAGGGCUGAUUUGGUGUCUCAUUUUUUGGAAAAUGGGUCACUUGUGAAUACAAGUAACUUUGAUGCAGUGACACCAUUGCAUGAUGCCUGCUUCAUCGGAGCAACAACUUGUGUGAAGAUUCUGAUUGAUGCAGGUGCCAAGGUUAAUGCUAGAAACAUUGAUGGCUCAACACCACUCUGUGAGGCAAGCUCUAAUGGCCAACUAGAUUGUGUGAAAUAUCUCAUAGAACAUGGGGCAGAGUUGAACCCAUUGUUCUGCUACACAACACCUCUUCAUGAGGCAGUACUUAGAGGCAAUACAGAGUGUGCACAGUUUCUUGUGUCUAUGGGGUCCAAUUUAGAUGCUACAGAUCUGCACUUUGGAACUCCAUUACAUGUUGCUACCUACAAAGAUAACAUCAAGUGCUCUGAGCAAUUACUAAGAGCAGGUGCCAAUGUGAAUGCAGCAAAGAACCAUUGGACCCCACUGCACAAUGCUGCACAGAAUAGAAACCCUCAAAUGCUAGAACUUCUUAUAACAUAUGGAGCCGAUAUAUACAAGAGGAAUAAUCAAGGGGGAUGUGCUAAAGACAUGGUACCUAAGACCUCUCAGUGUCAUGGACUCAUUCAAUAUGUUGAGGACAACCCUUGUUCCUUAAAGCACCAUUGCAGACUCAUGAUCCGAGGAUAUUUAGGUCCACAUCGACUUGUGGAUGUACAUACUCUAGGACUACCAGUUACUCUAGCAGACUUUGUACUCUUCAAGCACUAACAUCUAUAAACAACACUAUGGUGAACAAACCACACAUUACUAACCAGACCUGUUUAUACUGUUAGCAUAUUAGCUCACAGUAUGAAUACUCAAGUUUGCUAAUGCAAAUGGAACACCUUUGGUAUCUCUGAAAAGUGUUUCACUUGGCCUGGGAGGUGUUCCACUUACAUUACAUUAAUAGACCUUUCCUUCCUUCUUUUUGUAGAUGAAAGAAGCUAGCAAGGAAAUAUUAGCUGGACUGAUGAUGUCAUUGGUUGUUGGUAGCAGUCUGCCUAAGCAAAAUUAGGAUUUACUUAUUGCUAAUUUUGAAAACGAACAACCUAUGACAUCAUCAAUCUUGCCAAUAUAAUAUAGGUUCUUUGAUGUUUCAAUAGGUGG